UCCCUUAUAACAACGACUUUAUUUUCACGUAAACGUUCUCUCAGUCUCAUACUAAAUAAGAAGAAGAAGAAGCAGAAGAUUCCAUUGGGUAUUCUUAUACUUUCUUAUAUCCCCAACCUCUGCAUCACAAACACACACACACACACACACACCCCCACCAUUCUUUACUUACAUUUACAAGUCACAAUGUUGAGCCCUCCUGACUCUCCAAACCAAACCAACUCACUAAGUCGCGUCUUCAAGAGCAUAUUCUCUUACGACGGAAAUGUCAUGCUGGCGGCCGUAAUAUCUCUACUACUAGUAAUUCUCUUGGUCUUGCUUCUCCAUGUCUAUGCAAAAUGGUUCUUGGCUCAAUCCCGGGACCGAAGACGACGACGCUCCAUAACCGUCUCACAUGUCCUCGGCCCCUCUCGUUUCCACCAUUUCCACACAUUCAACUUUGACACCUCUCUCUCCAACUCUUCAACAAAGGGUCUUGAUGCAUCGGUCAUUGCUACAAUUCCUUUGUUUGUGUACAAGUCGGAGGAGCAUAAAAAUGGGUUGGAAUGUGUUAUUUGUUUAAGCCCUUUUGAGGAAAAUGAUGUAGGGAGGGACUUGCCUAAGUGCCAUCACGGUUUUCACGUGGAGUGCAUUGAUAUGUGGUUGAGUUCACAUGCGAAUUGUCCUAUUUGUAGAGCUCUAGUGGUUUCUGAGUCUGAGGCUAAGGUUUUGGAAGCACAUCAAGAUCAUGGGAAUUCAAGUGCGGAAGUUAGUUUGGAGAGGGUUGAAGUGAGUUUGAGUGAGCAUGGGAAUUCUCAUUCUACAUUGGGGGAUAUUAUAAUUGAUAUUCCAAGUUGUGAGAAUAAUCGGACUGAGAAUAUUGGAGUGACGGGUGAUUCUCUAUCAGUAUCUUCUCCAUCUUCAUCUUUGGGUUGUUCGUUGAAGAGGAUGCUGAGCAGAAAUAAAUCAGAUCGCAAGGUUUUCCCAUCGUCUAAUGCGAAUCAAUUGGGUGCUUGAGAGAGAGAGAGAGAGAGAGAGAGAGAGAUCAUUGCCAAUGUCAAUAGCCAGUUCUAGUUGUAUAGAUUUCCUGGAAGUUAUUAUAUUUUGUCAGCGUUUUCUCUUUUGAUGAUGCUACCUUUGUGAAACUUUUCUUUCGGAUAGUUCUAAUAGUAAGAUCUUAUACUUGGGUUU